CACACUCACUCCCUUCCACUGCCUCCCUCUUUCCAAACACACCGACUUUUUUUUUUAUUAAUUUUUUUUUUUAAAAUUUUCUGAGAUAUUCGAUAAUUUUUCAUACAUAAAUUUUUGUUUUCUACUUCUCUCUAUAAUAAAUCAGACCAUUUAUAGAAAAUUAGUCUAUAAAUAAUGUUUGGUUUGGUGUAUUAUGUAGUUGUAGUAGUAGUAGUAGUGACUACCAGUAGGUUUUGAGUUUUCUUUGAUCGAAUCCCAUUUUCUUUCUUUCUUUCUUGGAAUUUUCUUUCUUGGGUUUCUGGGUUUUUGGGGGGUUUUUUUGGGUAUCGAAUUCAACCAUGUCUUCUGGGUCAGCUUCGUCUUCUUCGGACGCCAUAGCUGGAAGCUCCAAUCUCGAACGCUUUCUUCGCAGCAUCACUCCCAUUGUUUCUUCAAGAACUCUUCCUCAGAGCUGCAUCAAUGAUCUAAAUAGUCUGUGGCAGCCACCUAGUAAGAACACAUUUGAGUACUUCACACUUGGAGAUCUUUGGGAUUGUUAUGGUGAAUGGAGUGCCUUUGGUGUUGGCACACCAGUUCAAUUAGACAGUGGUGAAACUGUUCUACAAUUCUAUGUUCCUUACCUAUCUGCUAUCCAAAUCUACUGUAAUAAAUCUGUUGUUGCUUCCAACAGUAACAGCGACUCGGCCGAGUUUGAAAGUGACUCGUGGAGCGAUGAUAGUGGGAGCGAUAAUCUGUCUAGGUCCCUUAGCAACAAUUCUAGUAGGGCAUGGGAUUUUGUUUCUGAGGAUUUUAACUUUGAGUUGGACAAUCCAUGGCCAGUGAAGGAUAAACUUGGACACAUUUACUUGCAAUAUAUUGAGACUUGCUCUCCUUAUUGGAGGCCUCCACUAAUGGACAAGAUGAUGGAACUAGCUCAGCAUCAUCCUGCUCUGAUGACUCUCAAGAGUGUUGAUCUUUCCCCGGCGAGCUGGAUGGCAGUCGCCUGGUACCCAAUAUAUCAGAUUCCAAGUAGGAAAAAUGUAAAGGACUUAUCUGCAAGCUUCCUCACUUAUCACACACUGUCCUCAUCUUUUGAAGAUGGGGCAACCGAAAACAGCGGGGGAAACCCGGAUGAAGGAACAAGCUGUUCGAAGGUCUCGGAGAAAGGUAACUGUGGUGGAAUUUCUCUUCCUCCUUUUGGAUUGGCUACAUACAAGAUGGAAGGAGAUCUAUGGUUGAAACCAGAGGCAUAUGACUAUCAAUAUCAAAGGAUAGUCAAUCUCUACAGUGCUGCAGAUUCUUGGCUGAAGCAACUGAAUGUUAAACACCAUGACUUCAACUUCUUCACUUGCCACUCUUUCAUGUAAAGUUGUAAAAAUCUCAAGUUUCAUCAGAUUCUCUUUUGCUGUGUUUUUGGGCUACUUUAUCCAACCGCCUUGAGAUGUCUCUCUACACUUCUUCUGAGAACAUUCAGAAACUAAGGAUUAUAGACCUGAAGCUGUGUCUUUUGCCAAUCUUGUAGGAGGGAAUUUUGUGGAAUGAGUUGUUGUUAAUCAUUAGAAAGUGUGUAAAAUGAUUGUGAGUAGAUCUUGAUACCAUAACAAAUAAAAUGGUUACAAGUUAAUAGAUAUAUUCACUGUAAA